GAUCAGGAUAUCAACUUGAACAUGUAGUCCAUUCUGGUGGAAAGACAAAGCUACAACGAAAGACUGAACUGCUAUUGAUUGAUUAGAAUGGAUUUCCCUGAAGAGGGAGAGGAUGCUGUCAGUGGAAACCAGACAGGCAGAGCAGCAUGUGCUGAGUCCAGCCACGUGUCCCUGAAGAAGGAGGAGCCCGUCACUGAUGGGCAUCAGGGGAUGGAUGACAUAAAACAGCCAGUUGGGCCAGAUGACCAAACAAACAAGAUGAUGCCUGGCAGAGGGUGCAACACACUUCAGCCUUCUUCAGUCCGCCAAAGCAUGCGAGAAACAUUGGACGACCUGUCUAGUGAUGACCUCAAUAGGUUCAAGCAUAUUUUAAGGGAUGAGUCUAAAAUCCCAUGGGGUAAACUGGAGAAAGCUGGCACGGAUGAAAUAGUGGAACAACUGGUACAAAAGUGCCGUGUAGAAGACUCGCCUGAAGUCAUGCUGAAGAUCUUAAGGAUCAUGAAAAACAAUCAGCUGGUCACAGACUUGGAGAGGAAACUAGGCAAAGUGAUUUCAGGACCUCAGAAUAAAGUGGCAAAAUCUCCAGUCAAGCAUCACCUUCAGUCCAUUUUAAUAGAUAAGUGUUUCGUUGUACGUCAAGAGCUGGGAGACGAACAACUACAGGACAUCUACACUGAUCUUUGCGUUGUAGAAGGACGCACUGGGGGGGUCAACAGUGCACAUGAAGUGUCAACAAUUCACUUAAAACAAAUUGAGAACAGGACAUUCUCUGGGACCAUGAACUCAGUCAAGUUGUCAAACAUAUUCACUGACCACUACUAUGCUGGUAAACCUGUCACAAAGGUCUUGACUUUGGGAAUAGCCGGAGUGGGGAAAAGUGUUGCUGUGCAAAAGUUUGUCUUGGACUGGGCAGAAGAGAGGGAGAACAAACAUAUAGAACUUGUUUUUGUUCUUCCAUUUCGAGAGCUGAACUUGUACAAAGAGAACUACAGCCUAUUUGACCUUCUCGUUAAAUUCUACCCAGAACUUGAAGAGUUUAAGGAUGCCUUGGAAUUGAAAAAGACUGUUCUUUUUGUGUUGGAUGGUUUGGAUGAAAGCAGAAUCCAGCUGGACUUCAAGAACAAGGACAACACUGUCUGUGACCCAAAAGAAAAAGCAACAGUUGCCAUGUUAACAACAAGUCUAGUAACUGGUAAACUGGUGCCUUCUGCACUCAUCUGGGUUACAACGAGACCAGCAGCAGCCAACAAGGACCUGUGUGACCUUUUCCAAUUGGUGACAGAGAUCCAAGGCUUCAAUGAAUGUCACAGAGAGGAGUAUUUUAGGAAGGUCAUUCCAGAGAAAGCUGAACAAAUUAUAGCAUACGUAAAAUCAAAGAGAAGCCUCUACAUAAUGUGUCACAUCCCAGUGUUCUGUCGGAUCACAGCAGCUGUGCUCGGUGGAACGGGAGAAGAGCAAAGCGCCGCUGACCAGGAAAAGCCCAAAACAUUGACUGAAAUGUACACACAAUUCAGUGUCUUUCAGAUCACCAGAAUGACUGAGAGAUGCGAGAAGAAGAUGAGCCCAGAGGAAAAAGGACAGCUCCUUGUUAAACUUGGGAAACUGGCAUUCAAACAUCUGGAGAAGGGCACCCUGACAUUCUAUGAGAAGGAUCUGACAGAGUGUGAGAUAAAUGAAAAUUUAGGAGCAUUGCAGGCUGGACUUUGUACAAAGAUCUUCAAAACAGAAAGUGCUAUGAGUGGAGAGAGCAUAUUCAGCUUUGUGCACCUGAGUGUACAGGAAUUCCUGGCAGCUCUGUACUUGCUCCAGACACAUGCAACUGACCAGGUAAAUCUCUUAAUCAAGAAUAAUUGGGAGUCGUUUAUGUGGUAUUUCAAGUACUCAAGGUUUGAUCUCUACAAGAUGUCUUUGGAGAGAGCCUUACAAAGUAAAAAUGGACAAUUGGAUCUUUGCGUGCGCUUCCUUCUUGGACUGGCUCCAAUGUUGGAGCCUGAAGUCCGUGCCCCCCUGAAAAAUGUUCUGCCAUGUUUGGGCAUCAGACAACUGAGCAUCAAAAAUACUGUUGAAUACAUCAAGGAAAAGAUCAGAGAAAACAUCCAACCAGAACGGAUCAUCAACCUCUUCCACUGUCUGAAUGAACUUGGAGAUGAUUCACUGGUUGAGGAGAUCAACAGAUACAUGAGCUCAGCAGGCGAGGAGAAGCAACUGACUCCAGCCCAGUGUUCAGCUCUGGCUUAUCUGCUGCUGAUGUCAGCGGAAGAGCUGGAGGAGUUUGAUCUGAAGAAGUACCUGAGAUCACAGGAAGGGCUCCACAGAAUGCUCCCUGUAGUCAAUGUCUCUAGGAGGGUUUGGCUAAAUCAGUGUCACCUCUCUAAAGCAAGCUGUAAAAUGAUGGCAUCAGUGCUGCAGAGGACACCUUCCCAUCUGAGAGAGCUGGACAUGAGUGACAAUGACCUGCAGGAUGAAGGAGUGGAGCUGCUCUGUGCAGGACUAAGAGUUCCACAAUGCAAGCUGGAGACACUGAGGCUCAAUAUGUGCCACCUCUCUAAAGCAAGCUGUGAAAUUAUGGCAUACGUGCUGCAAAGUGCACCUUCCCAUCUGAGAGAACUGGACAUGAGUGACAAUGACCUGCAGGAUGAAGGAGUGGAGCUGCUCUGUGCAGGACUAAGAGAUCCACAAUGCAAGUUGGAGACACUGAGACUGUCUCUUUGUCUCAUCACACAUGAGGGCUGUUCUCUCUUGUCCUCUGCCCUCAAAUCAAACCCCUCCUACCUGAAACAGCUGGAUCUGAGCUACAAUCACCCAGGAGACUCAGGUGUCAGAGAGCUCACAGAGAGACUGAAUGAUCCCAGCUGUAAACUAGAGACGUUGAGGUAUGACCAUGGAGGAGAGUGCAGGAUUAAACCAGGACCCAGAAAAUAUGCCUGUGAGCUCACACUGGACCCAAACACAGCAUCCACACAUCUCUCUCUCUCUGAGGGGAACAGAAAGGUGACAUAUGGGCAGCAGCAGCAGUCGUAUCCUGACCACCCAGAGAGAUUUGGCUACCCUCAGGUGCUGUGUAGAGAGGGUCUGUCUGGACACCACUCAGAGAGAUGUGACAGUCUGGGUCAGAGUCUAGUCAGCACGGGUCAGUCUGGACGCUACUACUGGGAGGCUGAGUGGAGUGGUAUAGUUUAUAUAGCAGUGGCCUAUAAAAGCAGUCUGGGCAGCAGCAUGUUUGGAUGUAAUGCCAAGUCCUGGAGACUGGAGUACUGGAGUAACAGUUACUAUGCCCGUCACAAUAAUAAGGAGACUGCCAUACCUGCCCCCUCCUCCAGCUCCAGCAGAGUAGGAGUGUACCUGGACUGGCCAGCAGGCACUCUGUCCUUCUACAGCGUCUCCUCUAACACACUCACCCACCUGCACACGUACCACUCCACAUUCACUGAGCCCCUCUAUCCUGGAUUUUGUGUUUAUGGUUCUAUCUCCUCAGUGUCCCUGUGCCAGAUCACAACCUAAUCCUGCAGCAGAGGAGAGUCACACCUGUUUACACACUCAUAUAUCUGCGCGUGUGUAUUCCUUCUCUUGCCUCAUCUGUGUUGCAUCGUCCCUCUCACACCUCUGUGUGUCUGUUUGUCUGUGUGUGUGUGUGUGUGUGUGUGUGUGUGUGUGUGUGUGUGUGUGUGUGUGUGUUCGUGUUCCUUCUCUUGCCUCCUCUGUGUAGCAUCUUCCCUCUCACUGUUCCCCCUGUUCACUGUAUGCUGCUCCCUCUGUUUCUUUUCUGUUUCUUUCUGUGUGCCUCUCUCUGCUCCUUCUGUUUUGUUCGUUCUGUUCGUGUGUGUGUGUGUGUGUGUGUGUGUGUGUUCGUGUGUACGUGUGUACGUGUGUUCGUGUGUGUGUGUGUGUGUGUGUGUGUGUGUGCGCGGUGUUUUUGUGAAUGUGUGGUUGUGUGUUUCUUCCCUUCGUUCUGUGUUACCAAUUUCUAUUUAAGUCUCCAAACACGUCAGAUAUCUGACGCUGUUUUGAAUUUCUUACAAUAUGAACUUUGACCCUUGUGUAUUGUUUAUGUUCUGAAGAUUAGAAGAUGAGUGGGCAGGUUUUCUCAGGGCUGGAAUUCUUAAUCCAUCGUUAUUUUACAUCUAUAUUCUGAUAUGCUUGAGAAUGAGAGGGAGGAAAGGGGAGUCAUUUUAUUUGAAUAAUAAAUUAAAUAUGUUAUCGGUGAAUUGAUUAAAAUGGCUUUGGUUUUAUGUGACAAAGGGGAACAUAAUGUAGCCCAUAGGAAAUUGAAAUACAAAUAAAUA